CGUUGGAUCAUUUUGCCAAAGGUUUGGAGUACUGUGGGAUGGCAGGAUUUCAUUUACUCAUGAAAGUAAUGAGAUAUAAUACUUCAUGAGGCCUGUGUGGCUUAUGUGCCAUUUCUAUCAUAUUGAUUACAUGCCUAGGAGACAUUGUUGCAACUCGCCGAUGCAAUUCUCCCCUUUCCUUCUGCUCCCCUUUCUAGCUGCUAUGAGGGCAUCUCAUCCUUUUUUCUCUUUAUCGGUUUAUAGUGCCUUAAUAUCAUCUUAUAAGGAUGCCCUGUAUCUCAGCUCUUUGCACAGCCACUCUCCAUAGGACGUUCCUUCUCUUCUUGUUGAAGUGUCUGUCUGUCAUCAUCACCUCUUUCUAUCCGCCGUUCCUUCUCUCCUUCCCUCUCCCGGAGUUUUAAAGCACUUAUGCUACCAGGUAGUUC